UCAAGUUUAGAUGAGAACGAGGAAGUGGAAAACGAGUAAGGAGGAAAUCUGAAGGAAAGGACUGGUGUGCGAGCUCGACUGUCAUUUUAACACAGUUACCUUACAGUUACUUUGCCCACAGAACACAAUGGCUGAAGCAGACAUUGCACUAAUUGGUUUGGCCGUCAUGGGCCAGAACCUCAUCAUGAACAUGAAUGACCACGGCUUUGUGGUCUGCGCUUACAACCGUACCGUGUCCAAGGUGCAUGACUUCCUGCAGAACGAGGCUAAGGGCUCCAAGGUGAUUGGAGCAGAAUCUCUGGAAGACAUGGUGACCAAGCUCAAGAAGCCCAGGAGGAUCAUCCUGCUGGUCAAGGCUGGACAGGCUGUGGAUGACUUCAUUGACAAGCUGGCUUUUGACAGCUGGAACAAGACUGAGCUGGACUCCUUCCUGAUUGAGAUCACAGCUAACAUCCUUAAAUACAAAGACUCUGACGGUAAACAUCUGCUGCCCAAAAUCCGCGACAGUGCUGGACAGAAAGGCACAGGGAAGUGGACGGCCAUUUCAGCCCUCGAGUACGGGACGCCUGUCACACUGAUCGGGGAGGCUGUCUUUGCCAGAUGUCUGUCUUCUCUAAAGGAUGAGCGAGUGGAGGCCAGCCGCAGCCUGUCAGGGCCACAGGGGGUCAAAUUCAGUGGCAACAAGGCUACCUUCCUAGAAGACAUCAGAAAGGCCCUGUAUGCGUCCAAGAUCAUUUCCUACGCGCAGGGAUUCAUGCUGCUGCGCCAGGCGGCCAAUGAGUUUGGCUGGACGCUCAACUAUGGUGCAAUCGCCCUGAUGUGGAGAGGAGGCUGCAUCAUUCGAAGGUACUUUUGCCCUCAUGUGUCCACACAGCAGAAGUUUGCCUCACUUCCAUGUUGUGCAAAAGUUUCAACACUGUUGUCCAAACAGUGGGGACGAGAGCCCUUGUUAAGAAAGCCCAACAAAAACAGAAGUUUUUGUUGCUUGUCUUCCUUCUCUCACCCCAACCGGUCGCAGCAGAUGGAGUCAUGGCGCAGAGCAGUCAGCACUGGAGUCCAACAUGGCAUCCCCAUGCCCUGUUUCACUACCGCUUUGUCCUUCUAUGAUGGCUACAGACAUGACAAGCUGCCCGCCAACCUUCUUCAGGCUCAGAGGGACUACUUUGGAGCCCACACAUACGAGCUACUCUCAAACCCCGGUCAUUUCAUCCACACCAACUGGACAGGUCAUGGCGGAAAUGUCUCCUCUUCAUCCUACAAUGCUUAAGGGAGAUCUUCACAACACCCAAAAACAAACGCGAUGGAAGACCGAGGACGAGGGGACGUUAUCAACAAGUGAAGAUUUUAAACAUUCCAUCUUUCGACUUUCCACCAUCUAGAACCCAGAAUCUACUUCAACCAACUUUUUACUUCUCACAGAGACUUGUUGCGGUUAUAUUUAUCAAGAGGUGGAACAAUAGAUUAUGUGCACUGUAGACACCUCCUGUGUAUUUUGAUGUAGUCAGAGGGGAUGUGUGACUCCAUCUCGAUAUUACACAGGCCGCCAGGAUACUGUUCCACAGUUGUGUUGGGCACGGGGUCCACGGUGUUAACACUGGAUUAAGGUGAACCCUUGCACUGUGCUGUGUUAGGCUAAAUAAAGAUUUUCAAUCCCUCUAUAA